GAAGAUAUUUUGGUUUAGGCUUUUUCCCUAUGUAGGUUUAGCGGGAUAUCCUUGAUAGGAUAUUCCGAUUUUUUUUUAUUUUAGUUUGUUAUUUUUGUACGGUGAAAGCAGUUAGAGCAUUUGUCUCGGGAACACGUCCGUGUUUGUAGUAGUGACUCGUUAAUUGGUUGCUAUUGCAAACACUGGUUUAUAGUGUAUAAAAACCCGCUGCAAGUAACUGUAUGAAGAUUAGGGAUGAGUUUAGGUAGUUUAAAUAUUAGUUAGAGGGAAUUGCUUAUUCCAACUUCUUUCUUUAAACUUGUUUUGUUUUCUUGGAAGUUUAGUAGCCAUUUGUGACUCAUAAUGUCCUCAUACGUUGAAAAAUUUGUUGACGCACCGUCUGAGAGCUUGUUAAAUGACUUGACCAAGGAUCAAUUAUUAGAACUUGCAGAAUAUUAUGAAAUCAAUCUCACGAGUCAAGAUAAACGUCUAAAAGAUCAAAUUAAAGCCUUGGUAAAGACAGAGUUAGUUGAACGUCGUAUUUUAGAGUCUCAAUCUUCAGAAGACACAAGUGCGUCAUCAGCACAGUCUCAUUUGACGUUUGAACAACAAAAGCAAUUAUUGUUAAUUCAAGCAGAGAUUAAAGAGAAACAAUUAGAAGCACAAAAUCACAUUGAAAUCUCUAAGGUCAAAUUACAGCAACAACAAUUGGAACUUGAACGGUAUCGUUUGGAUUUAAUAAGGGAUGGUAAACUUUCUCUUACGGGAGAAGCAGCAGGCGAUUCAAGUUCAUGCAAGUUUGAUACGGUGAGAAACAUGAGGUUGAUUCCUAAAUUUGAUGAAAAAGAGGUUGAGCGGUUCUUUUUAUUGUUUGAACGUGUGGCAGAUGCACAACGUUGGCCAGAUGAAGAGCGAACUCUUAUGUUGCAGUCUGUAUUUACGGGCAGAGCUCAAGAAGCGUAUUCUUCCCUCAGUGUAGAGGAUGCUUCUGAUUAUCAAGCUGUAAAAGCAGCAGUGUUGAGGGCUUAUGAACUAGUACCAGAGGCCUAUAGACAACGGUUUAGAUCCUGGAAGAGAGGUGAAGAACAGACGUAUGUUGAAUUUGUACACGAUAUUUCGGUUUAUUUUAAUCGUUGGUGUGUAGCGUCUGAUGUAAAAACACUUGACGAUUUAAAAGAGUUAAUGAUACUUGAACAAUUCAAGAGUUCCAUUGCAGAUCGCAUUGCAACUUACAUUAACGAGCGUAAACCUGAUACUGCGUAUGAGGCGGCCGUCAUGGCUGAUGAAUAUUCGUUGUCUCAUAAAAAUGUUUUUUGUUACAGAUCGAGUGGAGAGAAUUUCAGAAGAGAGCCAUGGCGAAGUGCUAACAAAUUUAUUAGGUUGGGGAAUGAGUUAUCCAGCAGACAAUUGAAUAGCUCUGAAGAGAAAGACAGAGAGAAUAUGUGUAAUUACUGUCAUGAGUUUGGUCACUGGAAAAAUGAAUGUCCCUUGUUGAAAGCAAAAGCUGACAAUGUGAAAUCUAAGUCUUGGUCUCCUGCAAAGUCUGUGGCUUUGGCUGUGUCUACUUCAACAGUGAAUAAUGUGCAGAAAACUUGCUCACCGUGUGGUUCCACAUUUACUCCUUUUGUUACAGAAGGGUCUGUUAGGUUGGUAAAUUCCGCAAAAAACAUACCAGUAAAGGUUCUACGUGAUACAGGAUCAUCAGAAACCUUUGUGUUAGAGUCUGUAUUACCGUUUUCAGCUGAUUCUUAUACUGGAAGUAAUGUGCUGAUUAAGGGCAUUGGCUUGAAUGUUAUGUCUGUUCAUCUGCAUAAAGUUAUUUUGCAUUCUGUAUUGGUCCAGGGAGAAGUGGAGGUGGCUGUUCGUUCCUGCUUGCCUGUGGAGGGAAUACAGGUAAUUCUGGGGAAUGACUUGGCUGGUGAUCGAGUGUGGCAGAAUGACUCUCCACAUCUAGUGGUUACAUCAUGCCCGGUGGUCUUGAAGCCAGAUGGCGGUGAGAGUUUGAACUGUGCAGGUUUGUUACCCACUUGUGUGAUAACACGAUCCAUGAGUAAAACACAAGUUGAGGAAAAACAUGAGUCUAAGAAGGUGAAGGAAAUGUUAGAAGUCCCAUCAAUUCUAUCAGUGUCGCGUGAUGAAUUGGUUGAAAAACAAAAGUCUGACUCAACUCUUGGUGAAUUAUUUGACCGGGUUGUAUCAUGUGACACAAUCGAGAAUCUUUCGUCUGGGUAUUACCUAGAUGGGGGUUUGCUAGUUCGCAAAUGGGUGCCACAGGCAGAGUUUGCAUUGGGUGAUCCCGUGGUGCAAGUGGUAAUUCCUCAAUCUCUCCGACAACUAGUGUUACAGACAGCUCAUGAUAGCUCUGGCCAUAUGGGAGUGAAAAAGACAUACAAAUUACUGUUGAGACGGUUUUUUUGGCCGAAAUUGAAGCGGGAUGUGUCUAAAUAUAUAAAAUCUUGCCACACAUGUCAACUUAUUGGAAAGCCAAAUCAAUCUUUGAAGCCUGCUCCUCUUUUUCCAAUUCCAGCCAUUAGUCAACCAUUUGAACAUCUCAUUGUAGAUUGUGUAGGGCCGUUGCCUAAAUCAAAAGCAGGCAGUGAGUAUUUACUUACAGUCAUGUGCCAAGUGACUAGGUAUCCUGCUGCAUAUCCGUUACGUUCUGUGUCGACAAAACUAGUUGUAAAGGCGCUGACUGGGUUCAUUUCAGUAUUUGGAAUACCGCAAAUAAUACAGUCUGAUCAGGGAAGUAAUUUUACUUCUAAAGUGUUUGGUCAAGUGUUGAAACAACUUAAGAUUCAGCAUAGUCUCUCCAGUGCUUAUCAUCCUCAAAGUCAGGGAGCACUGGAGAGAUUUCAUCAAACGCUAAAGUCACUUUUGAGAUCGUAUUGUGUUCAAUUGGGUAAGGACUGGGAGAGUGGUCUGCCUUGGUUAAUGAUGGCUGCUCGGGAAGCUGCGCAAGAAAGUACUGGGUUCAGUCCGAAUGAACUUGUUUUUGGACAUGAUGUGCGGAGUCCGUUGUCUGUGUUGUCUGCUGACUGGGAAAAGUCUGAUCCGCCGAAAAAUGUUUUGUCUUAUGUUAGUGAUUUUCGUAGACGAAUUUAUGAGGCGUGUCAUUUGGCGAAGUCAUCUUUGAGAAAAUCACAGGAUCGAAUGAAAUCACUCUUUGAUCGUCGAACAGAGUUGCGUUCGUUUCAACCGGGUGACCAGGUACUGGCAUUGUUGCCGGUCGUUGGGUCGCCAUUUCAGGCAAAGUUUGUCGGACCAUAUACUGUUGCUCGUAAGAUGUCUGAUUUGAACUAUUUGAUAAAUACGCCAAAUCGACGAAAAAAGACUAGAAUAUGUCACGUAAACCUGUUAAAACCUUAUUAUGCUUGUAAAGAUUUCGAAGACCAAAUGACAAAAGACCAAGUUAGUUUGCCUGAUUCCUUUGUUAAACCUGUUAUGCUUACAGAUUCUUCUGUUAAUGACGACCGUAUAGAGUUGGUUUCGACUCCAGUGACUGUGGAGGAAGGUGAAAUCUAUCCAGGAGAUUGUGUUCUUCAAGGUCGUCUUAGGAAUUCAGAAGCCUUGGGUUCUUUGGAUGUUCAGCUUGGUCAUCUAACGAAUGGACAGCGGUCUGAUUUGAUUAAUUUGAUUAAGGAAUAUGUUACAUUAUUUUCUGAUACUCCUUCUUGUACAGAUUUAAUAGAGCACGACAUUGAUGUGGGAGGUGCAAAUCCAAUUCGUCAACGUUAUUAUCGAGUUUCGGCAAAUAAGAGAAAACAAUUGGAUGAUGAAAUCGAGUAUAUGUUGAUGAGAUGGUGUCUGUUUCUUCAGAGUUACUCCUUGGAUAUACGCCAUAUUAAAGGAACAGAGAAUGUAACUGCUGAUGCCUUGUCCCGUGUUUAAUGGAUUUGUAGUUUGCAUCCUCUCUGACUGUCUAUCUUUUUCUUUCUUAAUUUUGCUUCCUAGGCACCAGGUUGCUGAAAGUGGGAGAGUUUACGGGAUUGCAGGCCGAAUCAACUAUUGCUACUUGGACUAGUUGAAUUGUGGGAGUUGUUGUUUUUUUUAUUAAGACCCUAUGCUCUCUUCUUUUUAGGGGGGGUGUGUGACGCGUCUCCGAUUGUCUCCGCUGUUGUCGACCGGUGGGCGUGGCUGGGAGACGUGUCAAGAGAACAUUGUACACCUGUGCAGGAUUAGCAAGUGAUCUACACCUGUAUAUAAGCUUAGGCUUUGAGAA